ACACAGCAAGGCAAGGUGGACAGCGGUGUGAGUCCUGCGGUGAGGUGUCAGCAGAGGAGGUGUUCCUUUCCUACGAACUGUAUAAAAGGUCAGCUCAUCCACCACCCAGAGGCAGAUUCUGCUCCAGCCAUCCUGAAGCUUCAGGUGCUCCCUCCUACCAUCUCCAAUGGAAUUCACCGGCAGAAGCUUCCACAGAAGCCUGAGUUCCUCCUUGCAAGGCCCUGCACUCAGCAUGAGAGGUUCCACGUAUGGGAAGGGAGGCAUGCAGCACUUUGGGGCGGCACCCAGCGUCUACGGGGGGGCUGGAGGCCAGGGCAUCCGCAUCUCGACCUCCAGACCCAUGGUGGGCUAUGGGAGUGAUCUCACCAGAGGAGACGUGUUUGCUGGCAAUGAUAAGAUGACCAUGCAGAACCUAAACGACCGCCUAGCAAGCUACCUGGAGAAAGUACACUCCCUGGAGCAGUCCAACUCCAAACUCGAACUGCUGAUCAAGCAGUGGUAUGAAACAAACACACCCGGCAUCAGGGACGACAGUGCAUAUUACCAACAAAUAAAAGAGCUGCAAAACCAGAUUAAAAGUGUACAACUGCAAAAUUUUCACUGUGUCCUGCAAAUUGAUAAUGCCAAACUAGCUGCUGAGGACCUCAGGCUGAAGUAUGAGGCUGAGAGGGAGACGCGCCUGACAGUGGAAAGUGAUAUCCAAGGCCUGAAUAAGGUCUCGGCUGAUCUAUCCCUAAGUAGAACAGACUUGGAGAUUCAAAUUAAAGAACUGACUAAAGACCUGGAUCUCCUCAAAAAAGAACAUCAGGAGGAAGUAGACAGCCUACGCAGACAUUUGGGCGAUACUGUAUGUGUAGAAGUGGAUGCUGCUCCAGGCCUGGAGCUUGGCACCGUCAUGAAUGAAUUGAGGCAGAAGUACGAAACAAUAGUCCAGGAGAACCUUCAGAAGGCCAAGGAACAGUUUGAGACACAGACUCAACUUCUGCAGCAACAAGUCACAGGGAGCACUCAAGAGAUCAAAGACAAUGAGGCUCAAGUAAAGGAGCUGAGACACACCUACCGGAACCUAGAGAUCGAACUCCAGUCCCACCUCAGUAUGAAAGAAUCUUUGGAGCGUACAUUAGAGGAGACCAGAGCUCGUUAUGGUAGUCAAUUGGCCACCAUCCAGGCACUGCUGAACUCCAUAGAAGCCCAAAUGACACAGAUUUGGAGUGAUACAGAACGCCAGAACAAGGAGUACAAUAUCCUCCUUGACAUAAAGACCCGGCUUGAGCAGGAAAUUGCUACUUACCGCCGCCUUCUGGAAGGAGAAGAUGUCAUACAGACAAACACAACUAUAGAGCAUCUGCCGAGCACCCUGGAGGAGAAAGAUGUGAAGAGAAAAAGGAAGAUUAAGACGAUUGUGGAAGAAGUGGUGGACGGCAAGGUUGUGUCGUGUGAAACCAAAGAGAUGGAAGAAGAUGUGUAAACAGUUGUCGGGAGAUGCUGCUGAGGGUUUGAAAGACAUGUAGACAUACUUUUUGCUCCCUACAAGAAAGUGGCCAUCAGAAAGCACUAUUAAAAAUUUGUAGUGAUCAGAAGCGGGGUAAAGCCCAUUUAUCAGUCUCUAUAACUGAAUAUAGAUGUUUUAUUCAGAGGAGUUGCAAACUGCCUACAAAAAUAAAACCUAGUGAGCACUAGGACAUUUAAAACCUCAUUGCCACCAUCUUUACCAUGAAACACAUUGGGUAUAAGCUAUAGACCACCUAAUAUCAAUUUGUUAACGUUCCUGAAAAUUAUAGCACAUUUGAAUUAUACUAAACUUUGCAGAGCAGAGGAGUCCCUGCAAAUUGCAAAUAAACCACUCUCUAAUCUUUCCUGUUUCCGAA